CAGUCGCUACUCCCACUAUUUAAACGUCAAUAACAGUCAGCUAUGACAUAAAAAUACUAAAAAAAAUUGAACAGAUACAAUGUUCACAAAUUCCGGCAAAAAGUUUUUAAAAAUAAUAUAAAAGUUCAAAAUUCUAAAUUCAUUCAGUCAAUGGGGUGUUGCAAGUCAAAACGCGAGCCAAGUUAUGUGUACACAACCACCUGCCGUAGUCCAGCUGGAUUUGAAUGUUCAAAAACGUACACAACAUAUUGGUCGGAUGGUACCGUGAUGAACGAAAGCAAAUAUUUUGCGCCCUACCGAGUUAACGACCAUAACGACCAGGGUCGGAGGAUGUAUCCAGAGUAUGUGGCCGCCAUGGUUAUCAAGCAUCCAAAGAACCCGCCGAAUAUCACAGAUUUCGAAUCUGAUUGCUUGGAUGAACAUAACUUAGCUCGAGCUCGACAUGGUGUUGGGCCGCUUGCUUUGGAUAAGAAACUUUGCAAAUUUGCUACUGAAUGGGCCCAAGAAUUAGCAAAUCGUAAUCGCCUCCAUAAUCGUGAAGACCCAAGAUAUGGUGAAAAUUUAUACAUGGCGUGUGGAAAGAACGUAACUGCGAGAGACCCUGUCAAAGCGUGGUAUACCGAGUUGUGGAGUUACAGCUACCACAAUCCUACUUUCAGCUCUAACACGGGUCAUUUUACGCAACUUGUUUGGAAAAAUAGUGAAAAACUUGGUGUUGGCAUGGCGACAAGCGGCGGAAAUACCUUUGUUGUUUGCAACUAUUAUCCGCCAGGCAAUUUUGCCGGUGAAUUCCCUUCAAAUGUUCCGCCUCCGUUGUAGCUUGUUAUGACAGAUUAUGCGAAAAUUAAUUUAAUGGUUGUAAUUUUAAGGUGUAUGUGCAGAAGUAAUAAAGAUGUUUAUUCAAUAUAAA